AUGAGUGAGCCUUCCAACAAGUCGUUCAUCAUCAAGCGCAAGCUCGGAAAGAAGCAGAAGCAGAACCGCCCUCUGCCUAACUGGUGCCGCAUGCGUACCGACAACAAGAUCCGUUACAACGCUAAGCGUCGUCACUGGCGCCGUACCAAGUUGGGCAUCUAA